AAUUAAAUGAACACGCACAAGUGUGGAGACUGAAAGCUGCUUGGUGAGCGAAGCAUGCAGGCCCUGCGAUGAGAUCUCCAGCCGGUUGGCGAUGUCCACUGCAGCACGGAGCAUGUCUUCAAAAGCUGUGGACUCUUCCCUGAUUCUGCUCCAGAAAGAGAAACAAUCCAAGUGAGAAACGGCUCAUCGCCAACUGCCUGAGACGUGUCGUUGGUGGCCAUUAACGCGGGGAAGAUGUCAAAGCCUGAACCCCAAUCUCCACUUUGGCAGAGAGUCAGGGUUGCCAUGGACACCCAGGCCAAGAUGAAGGGCAUCCAACCACGCCACAUUGUGACCUGCAAAGACAAGAUGAGGUGACUAGCUGGAUUUGCUGAUCAAUGGUGCCUUCGGAUGCUCAUGGAGAGCUGUAAACAAGAUUGAGUUAACAGAGAAGGGACCUCUCAGCCUACUAUUUAAAGGAAAGAAGUCACUAAAGGCUGAACUUAUGAGGACACUGGGUUUUUAACACAGCUGUGUGCUGUUCUAAAGGUCCAGGUGGGAAGCCUAAGCCACCCAGAGGCAGAGCUAUGGGCUGCGGGGGGAGCAGGACCGAUGCUCUGGAGCCUCGGUACCUGGAGAGCUGGACCAAGGAGACAGAGUCCACAUGGCUGACCAGCACCGACACUGACAUCCCCCUGUCCUCCAUCCAGAGCAUCCCCUCCGAAAACUCAGAGGCUGGCUUUGCUUCGGAGAAAACAAUCACCCCUGUUCCAGAUUUCUUCGAGGAGGGCCUCCCUCUUCCUGCUCAGGCGUAUCUAAAGGUCUGCUCGGCCGUGUCUGAAGCCAGUCUGAGCGACGUGAAGCCCGGCAGCCCACCUGCUAUACUGGGCUCUCCACCCAAAGAGGGGGUGAUACUGUCGUCCGGCACCACAGUGCAGCGCAGAAGCGUGCUACACACUGAAGAGAUUACUAAAUGGCAGGACAAUCGGAUGUCAACCAAGCAGGUGACCAUCACAGUGACGCAGAGCAUCCAUCAGGUGGACAAGAACGGGAAGGUGAAGAAGUCCCUCACCACCUACGAGGUUAUGAAACCCUCGGAAAGCCUCAAACAGGUGAACACAGAAAACACCUGAGAGCGGGGGGGACUGGAAGAAGCCCAACAAAAAGCACGGAAGUGACAGUGUGAACGGAUGGAGACUUUGUUUCAAAUCUGAUGGCGGAUUUUCUUCUUUAAAAGUAUACACUGUAUCAUGUUAUGCUAUGGUUACAACAUUGACAUGUAAAACUGUAGGUUAGUCAUAGAAAACACAAAACAUGACAGUACAUACUGUAUCAGACCCAAAAAAAAAAGAGAGGGACAGGAAAUAUUUUUUGGGCAAAUGUUGGAAUUUCUCAAGUGACCUACAAUCUAAAAAAGCCUUCUCAUCAACAUUUUAGGAUGCUUUGAGGACAGUGGGAAACAUUGUCCUCUCCAUUGAGUCGUUUUGUACAGAAAGGUGUUAGAUUUUCUUAUCUUGUAAUUUCUUGUUAAAUAAAUUAAAGGAAAACAUUGAUGGUCCUUGAUUUAUAUGACUUAUAAUCUUUAUAUAUUCAAGGAAAAUACUAAAGCAAGGGAUAAGCAUAUUGGCACUUUACAUAUGCAUGUUUUGGGUUGGCC